GUCUGAUAUAACCCGGGAGCCCAAGAGUGACAGAGGCAGUGUGGCGGAAGAUGGAGGUCCAGAGUGGCGUUCAGCAGCCCGAGCCCCGUCCUUCGAGCUCCCCUCUAUCGGGGGCCAAUCAGAAGAUUGAGGCGGAAGACGGACAGGUGGACGUCGGCGUGAGGCCCUCUGCCGACAGCAAGGACGCUCAGCCAACCAGCCAGAGAGACGACAAAAAACCCAGUGCAGCAGUGAGGGGUUACCACAGCACUAAGGCAGCGGCCAUGACUCCCACGCUCGGCUCCCAGUGGACCUCUGGUGCCAGUGGUGGCCAAGGGCCCUGGAGUGGGCCCUCCUUCCCUCGCGCUAGCCUGCAUCACUACCCGUCCCACCACCACCACCAACGCCAACAUCAUCACCAGCAGCAGCCGCCCACACAUGCCGGCUACGCCUACUGCCCAGGGCAGCCAGCUCCACAUCCCCAAGGGAACAUAGUCAUCAUUGCCGCCAUCCACCGGCAGAGGCGUCGGUACUGUCAGAACUCCCUUCACACUGUUGAACUGCGCCUAGCUGCCACAAGCAUCCCAGCAUGA